AUGGAGCGGGGAAUGGAGCCGGGCAUGGAGCCGGGAAUGGAGCGGGGCCCGGGCACGGAGCGGGGAAUGGAGCGGGGAAUGGAGCGGGGAAUGGAGCGGGGCCCGGGCACGGAGCGGGGAAUGGAGCGGGGCCCGGGCAUGGAGCGGGGCACGGAGCGGGAAAUGGAGCAGGGCACGGAGCGGGGAAUGGAGCGGGGAAUGGAGCGGGGAAUGGAGCCGGGCACGGAGCCGGGCAUGGAACGGGGAAUGAAGCGGGGCAUGGAGCAGGGCACGGAGCGGGGCACGGAGCGGGGAAUGGAGCGGGGCUCGGAGCGGGGCAUGGAGCGGGACACGGAGCGGGGAAUGGAGCGGGGAAUGGAGUGGGGCACAGAGCAGGGCACGGAGCGGGGAAUGGAGCGGGGAAUGGAGCCGGGCACGGAGCGGGGCACGGCGGGCAAGGGCUGCACACUGGCUCCGCACGAUGUUGGGUGGGCGCUGGGGUGA